AGUUAGCUGAAGGGUUACAGUAGGUGACUUCACACUGUUUUAAAGGUGUAUUUUUCGACGAUAAGAUUGGACAUUUAAGCGACAUUUGUUAAAUACAGAACCCACCUACUUUUUCCAUUCGGGGGUUGUUUUAUCGUAGAAGGUUAGCUAUUAGCCGAGGAGGCUAACUUGGUCCACAAUGGAGGGCAGCGCCAGCGUGAGGAAAGCACUGUCCGGGACCCUCGUCCCCGCAUCGGUCACGACUGUGGCUCUCCGACAGCAGCCCGAGGACGAAAAGGAGAAGCAGACGAGAAAGGUCCUCGAUGAAGAGCAGUACAUUGAGAGUUUAGAGAAGAUCAUCCAGAGGGACUUCUUCCCAGAUGUGACUAAACUGCAGGCACAGAUGGACUAUAUUGAUGCGGAGGAAAAUGGAGACCUUGGGAGAAUGAGAGAGAUAUCCAUCCAAUAUGGAUCAUCUCUGACAAAGUCUACACCACGAUCAUCUGCACCCUAUGUGACACCAGCUAGUUUUGAAACACCAGUGGGUCAUGCAGGAUCCCCCUCCUCCACUCGUGGCACCAAAGUUAUAGAUGGUGAGAUCAAGGAUGAUGAGAAGGAAGAGAAAGAGCUGCCCUGUCUCGAUCGCUUCCUCGCUAAAAAUACCAGCGAGGAUAAUGCAUCAUUUGAACAGAUAAUGGAUCUGGCAAAAGACAAGGAGAAACUCAAGCAUGCCUGGUUAUAUGAGGCUGAGGCUGAAUUCAAACAGCGCCAUGAGGAGAAACUUGCCUUACCAUCAAUAGAGAAGGCAGCUCUUGAAUGUACCAAAGCUGGACUGGAAACAUGGGAGUACAAAGCGAAGAAUGCCUUGAUGUAUUAUCCAGAGGGUGUUAAAGAUGACGAUGCUCUUUUCAAGAAGCCAAGGGAGGUAGUUCAUAAGAACACGCGCUUCACUGUCGACCCAUUCAGCAAAGCUCUCAACAAGAGCCAGAUUCAACAGGCUGCAGCUCUCAAUGCACAGUUCAAACAGGGGAAAGUUGGCCCAGACGGGAAAGAGCUCAUCCCACAUGAUUCUCCAACAGUGAAUGGAUAUGGCUUUGAAAGAUCACCUUCCCCUGCUCCUGGUGUAGCUGAGUCACCUCUGAUGACUUGGGGUGAGAUCGAGAGCACCCCGUUUCGUCUGGAUGGAUCAGACACCCCAUAUGUUGAGAGGAACCAUGGUCCAUCGUUUAAGAUUCCAGAGCCAGGAAGACGAGAGCGGUUGGGUAUAAAGAUGGCCAACGAGGCUGCUGCUAAAAACCGUAUGAAGAAGCAGGAGGCAUUGCGAAAGGUCACAGAGAACCUUGCAAGUCUAACGCCUAAAGGUCUGAGUCCAGCCCUCACCCCCGCCCUGCAGAGGCUUGUAAAUCGCACAUCCAGCAAGUACACGGACAAAGCCCUAAGAGCAAGUUACACCCCAUCGCCCUCACACACAGUCCUUGGUUGCAAGUCUCCCUUCGGUGGCCCAUCCACUCCCUCAGGAACACCAACGCCAAACAAAGCCAAGACGCCGAGCACUCAGGACCUCACUUCACUCACAGACAAUCUGCUGCAGCUUCCAAAGAGGCGGAAAGCCUCUGACUUUUUCUAAAAGGGACCCUUUUCUCUACUGGGAUUGUACAAAAACACACUUCUUAUAAUGUGGAGAACUCAAUUAUGACUUUCAAUACUAAGUUUUCAAAGCACAUCUUUCGGCUGGAUAACUGGAUAGAGGAACAUACAUUGGAUUUAAGAAUUUGUAAGGAUUUUAUUUGUUAUAUUUUUUGCAGAGAUGGAUUUAUGUAGUUCACUGUGAAAUUCAUCUUGAGCAGAUUCUAUUUAAUUUAAUUUUAAGUUUUCAGAAUCAAGUUUUUAUUGUUUCUUGUUCAACCGUUACCACUCUUAUGAACUUUAAUUACCCCUGCCUCAUACCCAGCAGCACAUACUCGACUGUAUUUUUAUUUUGUAAUUGUAAUCCAGCUGUUGGGGCUUCAACACCCAGCUAAUAAGAGACGUCAUAUGUCAGUGU